UUGUCGUUAUUUUAGAAGUUCCAGUUGGGCCAUGGAUCCUGGAAAUUUUGAGAAGGGGUUGAACGACGAGUUGUGGUACCAUGUACCUGAAAGAGAGAUUUACCGUCUGAAGGACUUCACAGAGAAUGGGAUGAGGUUAUGAUGAUGUAAAAGAAAUACCCAGGGUGUCACAUGGCAAAGAUUGACGAUUUCUCGGGCACUGCACUGAACGUGGCGGUGGAUUGGGGCGAAGAACAUGUCGUUAAAUUGCUUAUGAAUUUCAUUAUCAGCGGCAAUACGAUGAAAGCUCUGGAAGUGGGUAACUAUUCACGACCAUGCUUGUCUUAUUAAAGGUGUACACAUAAAAACACCGCAUCCCGAAAAAAAAAAUGAACGAGAUUUUAGCAGUGACGAGGCUUCGGAAUUCUAAUAACGUGAAUUAUCCAGAGAACUACGCUGUGUUGAUUACAGGCUUUGCUAGUUUAAUUGGUAAACUAUUUUGGAGAAAGAAAAACAGUGACCCAGAAAAGCCGCCAAACACUGGACGGAUUAGCCGUUUGGAUGGACAAUGCCCAUCAAACUGUAGUUGAAUUUGUGAACUCUGUAUGCAUAUGUAUUUGGGAAAUUUUAGGAGGUGUGUAUAUAUUCUUCUUGUUUAUUGAUGUAUUUGUAGCUACUUUUAACUAUUGAAUCAUUGCACCUGCUUUUUAAGGGUUAAACGAACUAAAGAAGUCAAAAGAGAAGCAUCGGUGGGCUUAUAGACUCUUUGUGGAACUAAUGAAAAGACAUGAUGUGGUGGCACUCACGGGAGGGAAUCCUAUUGAUUUAAAAAUUGAAGCAGACAAGUACAAUGUUUUUAGCCCGUGGACGCAAGGGGAAAGCAGCAGGAAGAAGGGAGAAGAAAAUGAGACAAUUCGGAAGGAAAACGAUUCGGAAUCCAAUAAGAAGAAGGGUAUCGACAAAAAGGAGACACCAUUUUUGGCUGCAGCAAGAAAUGGCAUAGUUGAAAUUGUGUGUGGAAUUUUAUUUCAAAAUCCAAAUUCCAUGCGUGAAACAAACUCGAAGGAAGAGAAUGUAUUGUUGGUGGCAGCGAGGAACAGGAAACCCCUUGUACUUAAAAUUCUGAAAUUGAGAUUGCGACCAGAAUUUUGGAAUACUUUAUCCAUGGCGGUAGAUAAGGAUGGGAAGACCAUGUUACACCUGGCAGCAGAGGCUCCAACACAGGAUAUGCCUUCCCAUGUUUCUUAUUCUGCCUUACAGAUGAUGUGGGACGCAAACUGGUUUCAGUAUGUUACAAGAUUUGUACCACAACACUAUCAGCUUUUGCGCGACAAAGACCAGAAAACCCCGAGGGAAAUCUUCAACGAAACACAUGAAAAGCUUAGGAAGGAUAGUGGGGAGUGGCUGAAGGAGACAUCUGAAUCUUGCUCUGUGGUGGCUGCGCUGGUUGCUGCUGCUUCCUUUGCUACUGCCACCACUGUUCCUGGUGGCAUAGAUGACAAUGGUAUCCCUCAUCUGGAAGAAAACCCUGCAUUCAAUGCAUUUAUUUUUGCUUCGCUAUUUGGACUUUGCUUCUCUGUGACUGGACUCAUAAUGUUCCUUACCAUCCUCACUUCUCGAAAGCUACCCACAGAUUAUCGCAGAGCAUUGCCACUCAAACUUCUUCUCGGCUUAAGUUCACUUUUCUUAUCCAUUAUUGCAUUGCUUCUUUCUUUCUGCACUGGCCAUUCCUUCCUCUUCACUCACAAAUACAAGAAGUUCAUACUGCCCAUUUAUGUUGCUAGUUUUCCUGUUACUUUCUUUGCCCUGGAUCAGGUCCCACUCUACGUUGAUCUUCUGGCAGCCAUUCUUGUUAGGGUUCCAAAGGCAACUGAUGAAAAAUAAAGUUUGUAGGAUUCAUGUUUUAUCAUAUCAGCAUUGACAUAUUUUUUAUUUCUCGCUUUCUAUCAUGCACAGAGACUGUGGUGUGUGUGCAUUUGUGCUGUAAAAAUAUAUUAUUAUGAGCUUCCAAAAACAUCUUUUGAA